AUGAAGCUCAUCAAAUCCAAUAUCGAGCGCAAGACUGGCGCGGGCAGCGCUACGCUCUUGCCCGAGGAGCCAGAGGAUAUGUGGCAUGCCUACAACUUGAUCAGACCGACCGACAUACUCCGCGCCUCCGCGAUACGCAAGGUCAUCAGCGAGUCUGCCACGAGCCGAUCCAGCGAACGUGUGCAGAUGACACUCACGAUUCGUGUCACAAAACUCGACUUCGAUCCACAAGCCGGCCAACUACAUGUCUCAGGCCAAGUCGCGGAAGAGAACAAGUUUGUAAAGCUUGGAGGAUUUCAUACACUUGACUUGGAACUACAUCGGAACUUUGCACUACAAAAGGCAGAUGGGUGGGAUAGCAUAGCUCUUGAUACGCUUAAAGAGGCUAUAAACCAGGAGGCGAAGGCACAGCUGUGGGCAGUCGUCAUGCAAGAAGGGCUGGCGAACAUAUGCUUGAUCACAGAACACCAGUCGAUACUGCGGCAGAGGGUCGAGGUGAACCUACCGAAGAAGCGAUCAGGAUCCUCCGACCACGACAAAGCGGUGCAGAGGUUCUACCAGACCACUUUCGAGUCCCUGCAGCGGCAGAUUGACCUGGCAGAUCCCAAGCCGCUGUUGCUUGCAAGUCCGGGUUUCACAGCCAGCAGUUUUCAGCAGUUCAUCAAGACUCAGGCAUCGACAGGGACCAACAAACCACUUCAACAGCUGGUUCCGAAGAUCACUGUCGCACAUUCAGCUUCCGGACAUCUGCACAGCCUGAGCGAGGUUCUGAACAGUCCAGCGGUGACAAGCAAGCUCAGCGACACCAAGUUCGCUCGGGAGACGCAGCUCAUGGAGCGCUUCUUCGAGAUGAUGCGACAAGAUGAUGCUCGAGCGUGGUACGGACCUAAAGAGUGCCAGCUGGCAAUUGAACGAGGUGCUGUCGGCAAGGGCGGCGGCAUUUUGCUCAUAUCGAAUGCCUUGUUCCGGAGUCAGGACAUCAAUACCCGGAGGCGCUGGGUCAAGGUCGUCGACGAUGUCAAGGAGCAGGGUGGUGAAGUGAGAGUACUCAGCAGUAUGCACGAAAGUGGCAAGCGGCUGGAGGGUCUUGGUGGCAUUGCUGCCAUCCUGACGUAUCCUAUAGAGGAGUUGGACGAGGAGAUACCUGAAGACGGCGGCGAGGAUCUGCCUGACGACGAAAUGAACGAUGAUGCGCCGAGCGCAAUCCUCUCCAUCAGGACUCCCUUCCUCCAAUACAACACAACACCACCACAACAGACCCGCACAAUGACUGAAAUCAAGCUCAUCAGCACUCCAAAGGCGGCACAGCCUGUCGCUCCAUACUCCCAAGCCGUCCAAGCUGGCUCCCACAUCUUCGUCAGCGGGCAGAUCCCAGCAGAUGCUCAGGGCAACUUGGUCGAGGGUACCAUUGCUGAGAAGACCACCGUCUGCUGUGAGGGCAUGAAGAACAUCUUGGAGGCGGCUGGAAGCUCUCUUGCUCGUGUUGUGAAGGUGACUGUUUUCCUGACCUCCAUGGACAACUUCGCGGAGAUGAACAGCGUCUACGAGAAGUACUUCGGCGCGACCAAGCCAGCUCGCUCCUGCGUGGCGGUUCACCAGCUGCCAAAGGGUGUGCCAGUCGAGCUCGAGUGCAUCGCGCUCAGUGGAAGCGGUUGA